AUGUUUGAGAUAUCUGUCACAUAUUUGCCAAAACUCGUGUUCUUGACCUUUUCUGCUUCUGUGUUAGCCAUGGCGCUAUCGCACUUGUCAAGGUUCCUUGGCCUCAGGCCGCCAUCUCCAACCCAAGACACAAAGUCUCCUGUCAGGGCUCUGCCUGCGUCCUGGUACACCUCCGAGGACAUGUACGAGCUCGAGAGGCGAGCAAUCUUUUCAAAGAAAUGGCUUCUUACCACACACAAAAUAAGACUUCCAAACUCCGGGGAUUGGCUGCGAUAUGAAGUUGCGGGCUUCCAGUUUAUCAUCACUAAGGAUCGCACUGGGACUAUCAACGCAUUCCACAACGUUUGUAGGCACAGAGCCUUCCCAGUUGUGACUGAAAAUAAGGGCAACAACAGUAUCCUUGCUUGCAAAUACCACAACUGGUCUUACGGCCUCAACGGCAAACUUACCAAAGCACCAGGAUAUCAGGAGUUGGAAGGCUUUGACAAAUCCCAAAACGGUCUGCUUCCGAUUCACGUUCACAUCGAUACCAAUGGAUUCAUUUGGGUGAACCUAGACACCGCUCAAAAGCCAAGUAUCCCUUGGAACGAUGACUUCAAUGGCAUCGACGAGCAAGCCAGGUUCAAGAAGUACAAUUUUGACGAGUACCAAUUUGACCACACUUGGGAGAUGGAGGGUGAAUACAACUGGAAGAUCCUAGCAGACAACUACAACGAAUGCUACCACUGCCCAACUACACACCCAGACAUACCGACCAUCGCAGAUCUCAGUGCAUAUGGCGUCGUUACAGAAAACGGCUAUAUUCAACACCUCGGCAACCCUACCCCAGAGCAGAUUGCACGAGGGUUCAAUGUGGCUGCCACAUACUACUUCCCAAAUGCGUCGAUGAACGUGUCGCCGCACUUCUUCUUCAUGCAGAGGUUCGUGCCUAAGGGCCCCAACAGGUCGGUUAUGAGUUACGAAGUCUACCGAAACAAGAAUUCGAGCGACGAGGACUUCCAAGUCAUCAACGACAUCUACAAGCGAAUCAUGUCAGAGGACAAGUAUCUCUGCGCCAACGCACAACAGAACAUCAAUGCUGGGGUGUUUGUCAAUGGUGAACUACACCCGCGGUUGGAACAAGGGCCCCUGUUCUUUCAAAAGUCGGUACGCGAGCUCGUUACCGCCCACCAUAAACAGGAGCAACAGGCCAAGCGCGAGAUAUGGCCAGCUCGUCAGUCUUUGCCGCGGACCGCAGAUGUCAGCGAAAAAGAUCUGGGCUUUUGUUCAGCCGUGGACUGUUCAGCUUUGAAGAUGGAGGGUCUUGCUUGGUAG